UGCUCUGGAAUACAACCGCAAGUGCCAUGGAUUUUCUCUCGUGGAGUACGUAUAGAUAUCUCCCUCAACAAUUCGUGUGUGUAAAUUCAGGAGUCACCGUAUUGUCACCAUCAGCUGUCUCGACGUUCUCCACAAACAAACCCUCGGCAGAGACUAGUUAGUAGUAGCUGCGUCAAGCUUCUCUAGUGGCGCAUAUUGGUUCUAUAGUCGAAGGCCUUAUUCGUCUGGUUCAUCUGUAGCUGUCGCUCGCACUUGUAAUCUACGAAAGAAGCGUCCUUUUCCCGAAGUUUCAUAAGCUUCAAGGUGGUAACCAUGACAUCUGUAACUAGCUGUAGAGUCCCCUGCAUCACAUCAGCUCUUUCCUCGCAACCCAAAGGCAGAUCUUUCGAGACCCGCAGCUCCUCCCAAUGCAGCGUGUCGUCCCUUUCCAGCUCCUGCUUCGGCGUUAAAAUCCCUUCCGGUAGCGUCCGCGUUAUUGGUGCAAGCAGCAGAGGCCGGGAGCCGCUGCUUGUCCAGUCAGCUGCUGAGCCGGAGAAAUUCUUCCGGGACCUGUCUGACGCUGCUCAGAAGAAGGCAAAGGAAGCGUCGAAUUCAGCAUCCAAAGCUUUCGGAUCGGCGAAAUCUAAGGUUGAGAGCUUUGCUCGUGAGAACGAUCUGGAGAAGAAACUCAAGGGAGCGGCUAAAAGCGCUGCUAGCCGCCUAGAAGAGUUGUCUUUCGAGGCGGAGAGGUAUGCGACGAACAUCGACAGGCGAUACGGCGUUAAGGAGAAGGCGAACGAGCUGCUGGGAGGCGCCGUGAAUCAGCUCCGGGAGGUGGACGAGAAGCUUCGCGUGCGACAGAGGUUUCGCGCAGUGUCGCAGGACUUGAAACAGAAGUGGCCCAAGUAUGAACGCCAACUGAAUGAAUUCAAGGAGACGCCGAUAGGACAGGCUGUCUUUUUUGGUGCCUUCUGCUGGCUGCUGCUCUCUGGAUGGCUCUUUCAAUUGUUCUUCUGGUCCCUCUGGCUCAUCCCUUUGCUUCCAUGGAUUGUCCGAAGCAUGGCAGGCAAUGCUAUUGUUGAGGGUGUUUGCCCUUCGUGCGGUCAACGUUUCGUGGGGCCCCGCGCACAAGUGCUUGCAUGCCAGCGCUGCAGGGGGGUUGUGUGGAACCCUAAUAUCAACGGGCAGGCCAGCAAGGGGGGUAGAGCAUCGCGGGAUGACAACAUUCGUAUCAUUGACAUUGAGGCUGAAUGAACCACUUCAGGGUUUUGUUUGGGUGGCUUACUUGGUGGUGUUACCAUGGCGCAUUGUAAUGUAGGUGUGUUGAGCACACGCAUGGUUAUGGGGCAGUCUUAGGUAUGUGUGUGUGGUGUGUCCUUUACUGAUAUACUGGAAUUGGGUGCAAACGAU